AUGGAGAAGAUGUUUGGGAUGGAGGAGAAUUUUGGAAUGGAGGAGAAGAAUGGAAGUAUGAAGAAGAAAUUAAGGAAGAAGAAGUUUAGGAAGGAGAAGAAGUUAAGGAAGAAGAAGUUUUGGAUGGAGAAGAAGUUAUGGAUAAAGAAGAAACUAUGGAUGGGGAAGAAGUUUGGGAUGGAGAAGAAUCUACUAAGUAUGGAGAAGAAAUGA